AUGGGCCUGGAAGAAUUUUUCAGCAAAACCCCCUUCCAUUCCAAGCUGUCUGCAGCAGUCUUGGACUCUGUGGACCAGAUCCACAUCAAGCCAGGGGCCAAGGUGCUCUACCUCAGGGCUACCUUGGGUACCACGCUCUCCCAUGUCUCUGACAUCAUAGGCCAACAGGGUCUGGUCUGUGCAGUUGAGUUUUCCCACUGGCCCGGCUGUGACCUCAUUAAUUUGGCCAAGAAGAGAACCAACAUUAUUCCUGUCGUUGAAGAUGCUCAGCAUUACCACAAGCUCAUUGCAAUGGUGGAUGUGAUGUUUGCCGACAUGGCCCAGCCAGACCAGACCCAGAUUGUAGCCCUGAAUGCCCACACCUUCCUAUGUAAUGGAGGACACUUGGUGAUUUCCAUUAAGCCCAAUUGCAUUGACUUCACAGCCUCUCCCGAGGCCAUAUUUGUCUCUGAAGAAAAGAUGCAACAGGAGACAAUGAAGCCCCAGGAGCAGUUGGCUUUAGAGCAAUAUGAAAAAGACCACCCUGUGGUCAUAGGUGUGUACAAGCCACACCCCAGUGUGAGCUGA